AUGCCGUCAACCGGGCACCAGGGCCCGUUCGCAAACAGCAUGCCCAAGGACCAGGCGGUGCUGCUUCCUGCGGCGCGCAACCUCACCUCUUCCAACGAUCCGAGUCAAUCGGUGGCUUUGAAUCGAGAUAAUUCAUCUUCUGAGCAGACUUGGAUCCCGACACCUAAUCGCCGACAAAGUUGGAGUAGCCAAGACCACAAGCAUCAGUUGCAAGACCGGUUGUUGGAUGUUGAGAAGGGCUCGGAGACUGGGUUUACGGAGACCGACAGCGAGAAGGCAGAGGUCGGCAGGGAAGAAUAA